UUUUUUUUUUUUGAUCCGCAUAGUGGUGCAAGUUAGCUCCACCCUCCUUGGAAAAAUCAAAGUCGUCUUCCCUCAACCAACACUUGGCUGUGCUUUCGCUGGCUAACUACCCGCCAUUUUUCACCAGAAAUCUCUCUCUCUCUCUCUCUCUCUCCCCUCUGAUAAUGAGAACUCGGAACUCCCCGCACGACAGCCGGUCCUCCGGCUCCGUCCAUCUCCGUACCCCGGGCCGGCACGAACAGUCGCCGUGCUCCGUCUACUCCUCCUCCUCGUCCUCCUCCAAGAAGUCCAGCUACCGCCGGAACCCCGUCAAGAUCGCCGCCAUGUCGGUCGCCGGAGCUUUCGUCGCAUGCUUCACUCCGCCAGAGACCAAAAUCGAGUCGAAAUUCGGCGAUUCGAAUGAAUACCCAGCUCCUUCUGAUUGGAUAUAUCGGUAUAAGUUCUUCAGUUAUUCAAUUCUUAGUUGCAUCGGAUGCUUCGAGUGGUGGCAGUGUUAAGAAGCAUGGUUCGAUUCGGGGUAUUUAUGCCAGUUCAAAUAAAUCUACGCGUACAAGUGAGCCUGGGAGUGUUAAAUUCACUAUGGAAGAAAUCCACAAGGCUACGAAGAACUUUUCCCCUACUCUUAAAAUAGGACAAGGUGGUUUUGGGACUGUCUACAAGGGCCGACUUGAAGAUGGAACCGUUGUUGCAAUUAAACGUGCUAAACAGAGUGUAUAUGACAAGCACUUGGGACAGGAAUUUCAAAGCGAGAUUCGAACACUAGCACAAGUUGAACAUCUGAAUUUGGUCAGGUACUAUGGGUAUUUGGAGCACGAAGAUGAAAGAAUUGUUGUUGUGGAAUAUGUUCCCAAUGGAACCCUUAGAGACCACUUGGAUUGUAUGCAAGGCAAUAUUCUUGACCUCGCUGCCCGGCUCGAUAUUGCAGUAGAUGUUGCCCAUGCCGUUACCUAUCUCCAUAUGUAUACAGAUCACCCUAUCAUCCACAGAGAUAUCAAGUCUUCUAACAUUCUCCUAACUGAGAACCUUCGGGCCAAGGUGGCCGACUUUGGUUUUUCACGGUUGGCAGCAGACAGUGAUGCUACCCAUGUAUCCACCCAAGUAAAAGGAACUGCCGGCUACUUGGACCCUGAAUACCUAAGAACCUAUCAACUGACCGAGAAGAGUGAUGUGUAUUCGUUUGGCGUGUUACUGGUGGAGCUAGUCACCGGCAGGCGCCCUAUUGAACCAAAACGGGAAAAGAAGGAACGCAUAACCACAAGAUGGGUACUAUCAUUUUUUCUUCCUUUCGCUUAUUGUAUAUUGUUUCCUUUCUUUUUUCUAUCAUCUUUUCGUCCUUUUUUUCUUGUUAGUUUUCUUCUUGUUUUCUUCUCUUUUCUCUUCGAAACUAAACGAGAGAAGUGUGUAUUCCUUCUCAUUUUCAUCCCUUUUAUUUGCAUACAGAGAGCAAGUACUUCUCAUACAAUUCCUUUCCUCACUUCCGCUUCCCUUUUUCCCUUUCGCAAGUUUCUAACGCAGCCUAAGAUUUGUCAGCUAAUUUGUGUGUCAAUUCCUGCUCGUCUUGUUUCUCUUAAAGUCAUCAGUUAUUUGAAUCAAUUAAAAUCAUCAUGUACGCGUCCAUUUUAGAGUCCAGUCCACCUGCGUUCCUUUGCUGCUCGAAGAAAACAUUGUGUGAUUUGAGUGGAUUAUAUGACGUGAAUCGGUGAAAUGCAGGCCAUAAAGAAUUUUACUGAUGGAGAUGCAAUUUUAGUGUUGGACCCAAGGCUGGACCGAUCUCGCGCGAACAAUUUAGCUCUGGAAAAGACCCUUGAGCUAGCCUUACGAUGUUUGGCUCCUUACAAACAGAACCGGCCAACCAUGAGGAGAUGUGCAGAGAUCCUCUGGAGCGUCCGGAAGGAUUACAGAGAGCUAUCGGCUUCAGACACCCAAUCACUCUCCUCUCAUUCCCUGACUAGUGGUUCAAUCAGAGAAGAAUGACAGAGGUAUAUGCCUCUAAGGCAGAGUUACAAUAUUUCUAAGUAUCUUUUGGAUAUUUGUGAUUCUUCGGUUUUGGUUGGGUUGAAUUUCGAUGGAUUAGAUUUAUAAGAAUGCAAAGUCCUACCGAUAGAAAUUCCUGGAGAAAAUAGCCGGUGAAGUCGAAUUUGCAUUGGAUGUGGAAUUGUGCGGAGAUUCAAAUAAAGUGGGUAAUACUCGUUUCCGAGAACCUGCCAGUUGGAGAUGUAGUCCAGGUUAUAAUAAUGCUAUAAUGCAGGCGAAAAUGGCGUUCUACAAGAAGGUUGCUUCUUUUGCGUGAUUGUGAGGGAAUUUGUGCAUAGUUGGUUUCGCUUUUGUGAAUAGAAGAUUUCAUUGGCAGCUGAAGAUAUGAAUUAAGCACCCUACUUCCUCCUAUAUUUUUCCUGUGUAUUUUUGGGAAGGGCUCUUCAGCGACCCAUUCAGGGGGCAUUUGAUUUGUAAUUGAGUUGUCCAUGUAAAACCUUACCACAUCCUGGUAAUAUAAUUCCGAUUGUGGAUUCUUAUUUUGCCUUAUUAUAUCAUGUUUACUUCUUUA